ACAGGCGAUAAUCAGUUUCAGGAUAUCCAGCGGUAUAUCUCUGCCCUCGGGAUGCUCCGACAUCCUGUGCAGCGUAAAUUUAGUCUCGGUCUGUUGUUCUUCGGAAAAGAAGGCUGAUUCUUGAGCUCCCUCUCACACGCGACAUAUUUCAAAGUGUCCAAAAAUGGCGUCCAACCGGAGCAAAAGCGAAAGGUCACAGUCGCCCCCUUUGAUGAAGUAUGCUGCCUUACUCCUCGCUGUUUUGGGACCCUCGCCUGGCUGCAGUGAUGAGUUCCACGGUAAAUCUCCUUCGUCAUUUCAUAGAUCUUUCCGGGAGUCAUUAUCGCAGUUAAUUGUCAGCUCUGAAGAACACCACUUCGCCAAGUGGGGGGAUGGUGUGCCCAGAGUGAGGAGGCUCCUAAAGCGAAACGAGGCCAAAAAAGUGACAUCAGGAAAUACUGGAGCAGUUUCAAAUAAGCGUCACGUUGUGUUCAGAAAUGACAGAGUUUUUGUUAAUUCAGAAGAAUAUUCUCAAAAAGAAAGAAGGCGUAGGAGUUCCCUACGUGAUAUCUAUCCAUCCGAUGGAAAACGUUUUUCCCUGGACUAUAAUCUUGCAGACUAUGAUGGCAUGUUCGAUUAUACAACAUUUUUUUACUCGGAACACUAUCAUGUGUUUCUCUGCAAUCAUCCUCCUAAUACAUAUUCUGCAAAUUUCCUCCAACAUUCGGAAGAGGAGUGUGAGAAUUACAGCUUCUUUUACAAUCACAAUGAAUUAACCACGUAUGCAAUGUGUGACUUCAUCUACGAAAGGAUCCAUGGCAAGUCCCUUGAUCUAGAAAGAGCUUGGGAAAUAAUGCUCGACAAUGAGACAUUUAUGACAUUGGUUUCUGAUGAAGAUUUUGUCAGCAUCUGUCUACCUUUGUUUAGGAGAUUUAAUAGCUGUAAAGAGAAGAAAUAUUUGACCAUCUGUGCGGACGAGAGCAUCGUGUUCCUCCAUUCGCACGAAUGCCAGCCGCCAUCAUACGAAGAUUCUUACUUCCACGUGUUCUUGGCUCUGGCAGCCGUGGAGGACAGGUACUCAUGCUUCCAGUGUGUGUGUCAUGGAUGGAGGAGAAUCAUCGAAACGAAGAGUCCUCAUGGCAUCACCUUUACAGUGUCAGAAAAUUAUAUAUCUUCCAUUCACGAAGAUUUUUGUCUUGAAUGCAAUGACAUAGUCACUCCUCUUUAUUUUCUUGCGAGAGAAAAUCAGACCAAGUGUUUUGUCAACCGACUUUUCCUCAGCUGUUAUGCUUACGACUUAGUGCUUUGGAGAGGCAGUACUAAUGAAACCAUUUUGAGGGAGUUUUGGAAAGUCUUACCAGCUUCCUGUAAAGCCACAGAGAUUUUAAUGACAUGCAUUUUAGGUCUGAUAUUGCUUGCAGGAUUAAUUGGUAAUCCACUUGUCAUUUUUGUUACGUGCUCUAGACCAGACAACAAGGAUUGGCCUCUCAAAAUGCUCCAAAGGUCGCUUGCCUUUUCAGAUUUAUUACUGUUUGUGUUUGUUACUGGCCCAUGUUUUUACAACCGAACAAUGCAGCUCUCUGGAUACUGGAAUGCUGACCUGAAUGGAGACCCCUCGUCAAACAAAGACUGUUUAAGUGGUCUCCUCCAUAUCAACAACAGAAUCUCGUUUCCGAGAACGUGGUCUACUGAUGAAGUUAUCAGCCGCUAUCACAUUUUUCAAACAGUCAUUUUUAAUACGUGCAUUUCGGUGUCUUUGUUAACUCUCUUUAGCCUUAGCUUAGAAUUGUUAGUCAUAGUUAAAGCCAGUCAAAAGCUUGUAAUAUACAUUUCAUCUCCUUACAUCCAAUGUUCAGUCAUCUCCAUGAUUUGGAUUCUGGGUAUCAUAGAUGGACUCCUUUUCAGUUUUGAUGGAAAUGGCGAUGUGAUCAGCAUCUCGGUGCCAGUGCAUCACUACCCACUUGGUCUGUCUAGUUUCAGAUUUUGGCCUCUGAGGACCUUCGUUCUCUAUCGCAUUUUUAUCUGUCAAGUCCUCUGUUGGUCCACUGUCGUCAUUUCGUUCCUUUUGAUCAAAAAUUUCCAGAGGGACCACCCAAGAACAGAUGACAAAGGGGGUCACUUCAAAAGGUCAUUUAGUGCUCCUUACACGAAUGAAAAUAUUCCAAUUCUGGUCUCUUUGUCAGUCACAUCUCUGCUUUUCUUCAUUUCCAUCAGUCCGUACCUUUUUUGCCAUUAUGAAACUAUUACUUCUCGAAGCUAUUUCCCAAGAUGGCCGUUGAUGAAACACUCUUCACAGUUGCUUGCUAAGGCUCCUUCUGCCUGGAAUCCAUGGGUCUACCUAAUGUCGAAAGCUAUCGCUUCAAAGUGGAGAUAAAAAAAAAAAACAAAUUCAAAAUGGUCAUCUGCAGGAGACUAAAGUACCAUAGAAAUAAGGGGUCAGGCUUUUUAAUUCUAACCUUUUAUGACCAUUCAUGAAUGAGGAUCUGAUGGGGAAAACUUACACAAGAGUUCAAAGUUACAAAAGUAAACCGAGAUACCAUUUGAUAGUAGUGGGCCAUAUUCCUUUACCUACAAAAGUUCCUCUUAUCAUAUGCAGCCCCCAGCACCCAGAUACAAAUUGCCAACUGACUGUGCACCAACAGAGAGCAGUGGGAGCCACCAAACGUAUCAUUCCCAAGUCAACAAUAGGGAAGGGAACACCAGACAUCAGAUUCAGUCACCUCCCCACAACUGUCAGUGAUCAAGAAGGCAAUGAAGGAUUUUACAGAGAACAGUAAGGUUGGCUACCUGAUUAUACUGUCAGUGCAUCUUCUGUAGAAUCUACAUGCUACAGCCUUAGCAUCUACAUUCUGCAGCCUUAGAAUCUACAUGCUACAGCCUUUCCACAGUGAUUCAUAAGUGUCCAGGCGCCAUGAGAGAGACAGAGGGACAGUUUCUGAAGCAUACUGUUGGCGCUUCUUCCUCAACCGCCAGUCAUUUAUUCCUUUGAACUUACGCCUGUGUGUUUGAUAAAAAUCUAUAUUUUAGUACAAAAAUAAAUUGGUCU